UAAUAAAAUUGAAUUUUUGACAAAAUGGGAAACAGUGUCUCAGUGAUCGAAUACAAAGAAUUGCUCAACACCUUGUCAGGAAAGGACAUUAACAAUAAAGAUCCAGAAGGAAUUGAGAAGUUAUGAGCUUAUUCAGAGGACAAUUCUGAUCAAUCUAUGGUCUUCACGUCUAUUACCAGUGAAGAUAUUAAAAAUCUGAAGCAGAACAGACCAAUGAACCUCCUCUAUAUCAUUCGAGAAAUCAUUGAUAUUAUGUAUAACAAAGCAUCUGCUUAUGAGUGCAUCGAAGAUGCCCAGGUUAUUUCAGUGCUUAAGGGAGCUAUCAACUUACUUUGUAAAUUCUUACCUUUCAUAAUCGACAACAAAGCAUACAUGGACAAAAUUAUGUGGGAAGACGAUGAAGUACCCUAUGGAGUCAAAUUAUGAGAGUCUAUUCUGACUUUAUUGUUUAAGCCAGGCUUCUGAGUAAGGACUCUUCCAGAAGGCAGCAGACACACCAAUAAAAGGGGGAUUGAUCCAAAUGUUUUGUGGGCAAAUGGUAUAUCUACCUCUGGAGAUGUUUAUAACCACGGAUAUGUUGAUUUUGAUGCAAACAGAGUUUCUUUACUCAGACUACUUCUUGUUAUAAUCUCACAGCCUCUGUACCACACCUCAGAAGAAUAUCUGACAAUUCUGAACCCAUUUAGUUGAUUUUUAACUUGUAGGAGAGCUAGCAAUGUCAAAAACUUAUUUGUCUCUCUUCUGAAUAUCAUUAUUUCUUAUGACACUGAAGGGUACAGAAUCCCUUACUUAAGUUCUGUCAAUACUCAAGGGCUUAGUGAAAAACUACUGGAAAUCUGUCUAAGCGUUUUGUUAGUUCUGAUAGAGUAUAAGCCUCCUACUGAAGAGAAUCUCCAAUAUUUAAUGGAAGGAGGAUAUUUAUCUCUUAAACAAAGCUAUAAGUAUUUUCAAUCCAAAGAAGGAAAGGAUAAAAAUGAGGAGAAAACAUUGUCUGAGGACUUGACUACAAAUGAGUUCCACCGUCUACUUCAGGUUAUUCAUGGAAAAAUGAACUUAGAGCCAUUUGUAGAGUCCAUAGCCAGAUAUUUCAGCAAUCUCAUUGAUUCUCAAAAUACCUACCUGCCAAACUCUGUAACCCAGAUUGAGUUCUACCAGGAAUUGUAUAUUUUGUUCUGGAGGUUUAUUCAAGGUAAUGCUUACUUCUUAGAUGAGGUAGUCUCUCAUCCAGAAUUUUUGAGUAAGAUCUAUGUCACGGUUUUAUACCAUUUUGACAGCCUCAAGAAAGACCCAACAAAAUGUAAUCUUCUCUACAUUUGAGUGUUCAUGCUACUGACAUUUUCAAGCAACAGGGAUUUCUCGAUGCUCUUGAAUGAGCCAUAUAAUCUCCAAUUAGAGUUUGAUUUAAAGGAUUUUGAAGGAGGAUCUUUUGCUGAUUUAACCUACCAAGUUAUUCAUAGAAUGAUUAAAGCAGGACCAGGUAUCCUCAGACCAUUAUAUAAAUCACUGGUCUCCGUAUUAUCGAACACUGCUCCAUACGUCAAAGGCUUAACUAAGGAUAGUUGAGAGUGCAUAUUUUACCUCAUAAAGAUGUUUUCUAAUCCAGACUUGCUGAAAAAGAGAGAAGAGACCUCUAGAAUCCUAUCAAAUCUCUUCGAAGCUAUGAACUACAUCCUUCUCUAUCAUGACGAAGGAAACGAAGAAUUCCUGAUUGCUCUUAUCAAGUAUAGAGAAGUUCUGAAAAUUGGUGAGCUCAAACUCUCCAAUACCGCUGUUGAACAAAAGAAAGAAGAGGUUAAAGAAAUCAAACAAGAGAAACCUAAGGAAACAGCUAAGCCAGAAGAUGCGGUCUCAAAGGAACCUGAAAAGACUGAGAUUAAGCAAGAAACUCAGGAAGCUGCUCAAAAGCCAGAAGAAAUUAAAGAGGAUCUAAAGGAAGAACCCUCUGAAGAAAAAGAGGUAGGCAAAGAAAAAGAAGAUAAUCCUAAACAAUCUGAAUCAGAAAAUCCUGAAGACAACAAAGAAGAGGAGAAGAUGGAAGAAACUUCAGAAGAUACAGCUUCUCCCUCACAAGAAGAGCAAUCAUCUUCAGAUGCUAAAGCAUCAGAAGAGAAACAAGAAACUACACCAACUGAAGCUAGUGAAGAGAGAUCUGAGGAAGAAAAAGCUAAAGAAGUAAAAGAUAAAGAAGUAGGUGAAACUAAAAAGGAAACAGAAACUUCAGCAACAACUGAAACUACAAAAGAUUCUCAGCCUAAGGAACCAAAGAAUGACGCCAAAGUUGAAGAAUCAAAAGGAGAGGAAGCCAAGACAGAAGAUAAUGAUGGUAUGGUAGAUGUUCCAUUAGAUGAUAUAAAACACCAAGAAAAUAAUGCUCCACCUGCUGGUGCUCAUGUACAGAAACCAUUCCUUAGCCCAGAAUGGGAAGAAGAAUGGAAAAAGAGUCUUAAUCUUAUCAACAUCAAACAUGCUAUCCAAUAUACUGAUGAUAAAGCAAGAGCCUUCCUAGCAAAGAACCCAUCUCCUGAUAACAACAUUGAUGCUGAUAAGUUCUUGGAAUUCUUGAAAAAGAGCUCUCUAAAAGGCCUCCUUCCAAAUCAAGUAAAGAUCCUUGUAACAACCUAUAAUGGAAAUAAUUCUAUUGAUACAUGGGCAAUCUCCUAUAUUUGGGGACAGGUCUUCAUGAGACAACAGGAGAUCCCUAUUUUCAACGUGGAGACUAUCAAAAUGUUUAAGGUUAAUUAUGUUCAUGAUGAGUAAUAGUAUAUUCAAC